UUCGACCCCAAAUGGGGUCCCGACCCACAGGUUGAGAACCACUGGUCUAGAAAGUAGACAAUACCAUGGGCGAUAUCUGUGAUUGAGCUUAAAGGAGUUAAAACCAUAGAGUAUUGUAUUGCUAGAAAGGAUGGCAGGAGCCGGAAAGCGCAGAGGAACUUCCUCUUCGGGAUCACUCAUGGGAGGAGGAUGGUGUGCAGAGCGGCUUUUGUGCUCUUCCAAGGAGCGAAGCAGCAGCUGAAAGACAAAGAGGAUGCCAAUAACAGCACACUGGACACCUGAGAAUAACAAGGAACAUUGGAAAGGAAUGCAAAUCCAGCCAGAAAUCAAAAUAUUUUCCAUUUCCUUCAGAAAACCACAUAAUUCUCCUUCUCCAGCAACUGAUAGACAAAAGAGAGAAAAUUAAGAAGAGGUUUUGAGCUGGAAAAAGUAGAGUAUGCGAAACACAAAGAUACAUUGCAUGAAAGAUCAAGGGAGAUUAUUUUUCAGUCAGAAAAAGAUGGAAAUAUCUGGAAGUUAGGGGGGAGGAAAAGGUUGAUUGGACAGCCACGUAGGUCAGAGAGAGAUGCAGGCCUUGCUCUGGGAGGAAGAAAACGGUUUUAAUCAAAACAUCACUAAACAAGGGAUCACACGUAUUUUUGACCUCCUCAAGAAUAUCAGCGGUGGAAAAGCUCCAUAGAUCUGCCUGUUGUGGGAAAAGCAUAGAUUGCAAAUCACAGGUGAUUAUGCAUGACAAGAUCCAUUCGGGAGAAAAGCGAUACUAAUUGGUCAGAACAGCUCUCUUGUGGUUCAUGGACGGACCCACACAGCAGAGAAGCCAUACAAGUGUUCCCAAUCACAUAUGAGUAUCCAGAUUGUGUGAAAAUUUCAUUGGAAAUUCCCACCUCAUGAAACAACAGAGGGCUCACACAGGAGAUAAACCUUUUGAAUGCUCUAUCUGUGGGAAAAGUUUCAGUCAAAAAUUCCAUCACAUGAGACACCAGAGGCCUCGAAUAGGGGGGAAAAUGUUUGAAUGUCCUUUCUGUGGGAAAAGUUUCAGUUACAAUUCCAUCCUGGUGACACACCAGAGAACUCAUACAGGAGAGAAACCGUUUGAAUGUCCUAUUUGUGGGAAAAGUUUCAGUCACAAGUCCAGCCUGGUGACACACCAGAGGACUCACACAGGAGAGAAGCCCUUUGAAUGUCCUGAUUGUGGAAAAAGUUUCAGUCGGAAUUAUGAGCUGGUGAUACACCAGAGGACUCACACAGGAGAGAAAGCGUUUGAAUGUCCUGAUUGUGGGAAAAGUUUCAGUCAGAAUUAUGAGCUGGUGAUACACCAAUGGACUCACACAGGAGUGAAACCCUUUGAAUGUCCUGAUUGUGGGAAAAGUUUCAGUAAGAAUUCCAACCUGCUAAAACAUCGGAGGACUCACACAGGGGAGAAACCAUUUGAGUGUUCUGAUUGUGAUAAAAGUUUCAGUAACAAUUCCAGCCUGGUAAUACACCAGAGGACUCACACAGGAGAGAAACCCUUUAAAUGUCCUGAUUGUGGGAAAAGUUUCAGUCACAAUUCCAGCCUGGUGACACACCAGAGGACUCACACAGGAGAGAAACCCUUUAAAUGUCCGGAUUGUGGGAAAAGUUUCAGUAACAAUUCUAACCUGGUAACACACCAGAAGACUCACACAGCAGAGAAACCCUUUGAAUGUCCUGAUUGUGGGAAAAGUUUCAGUAACAAUUCCAGCCUGAAGACACACCGGAGGACUCACUCCAGGGAAAAACCAUACCAGUGUCCAGAUUGUGUGAAAAGUUUCCUUUGGAAUUCUGAACUAGUGAGGCACCAGAGGACUCACACAGGAGAGAAACCAUAUGAGUGUCCAGACUGUGGGAAAGAUUUCAGUACUAGGACUAGCCUUAUGAAUCAUGUGCUUAUACACACAGGGGAGAAACCAUUUAAGUGCCCUGAGUGUGGGCGGUGCUUCAGGAAAUAUUCUAUCCUUAUAACACACAAGAAAAUCCACAUUAGGCCCAAAGUGAUGAGUGCAGAGAAGGAAUCACAAGCAGCAUUAAAAUGCAAAGCAAAUCAAGAUAGCAAUCAAAAUCUUAUUAAUUCCUCUGGAAAAUCCCAAAACUCUUCUUACUUAGCAGGUGACAGACAGGAAAAGAGUUUUGAGUUGGACAAAAUAGAGUAUGUGGAAGAAAAAUAUCAAAAUAUCAAGGGGGAUCAUUUCCUAGUUCAGAAAAAGAGGGAAAUGUUUGGAAGUCAGUGGGAAGGAAAAAGUCACCUGGACAGCCACAUAAGACAGAGAGUAAUGCAGGCCUCGUCCUGUGAUAAAGGAAACAGUAGCUUGAAUCAAAGCUCCAUCCAACAAGGGAUUCAGAGUAUUUUUGAUGUCCUUGAGAAUCCAAGAAUAUCAGUGGUGGAAAAGAUCCAGGGAUGUGCCUAUUGUGGGAAAAGCACAGAUUGUAGAUCACAGCUGAAUAUUCACGAGAGGAUCCACACUGGAGAAAAGCUAUAUCAAUGUUCCCAAUGCAGCAAAAGUUUUGGUCAGAAUAGCUCACUUUUGGUUCAUGGAAGGAUUCACAACAGAGAGGAGCCCUACCAGGGCUCCCAAUGCAGCAAAAGCUAUAGCGAGCCGGGCAAGCUGAUAAUACACCAGAGGACUCACACUGUGGAGAAACUGUUUGAGUGUCCGGAUUGUGGGAAAGGUUUCAGUCAGAAUUCCUACCUGGUGAUACACAAGAGGAUUCACACAGGAGAGAAACCUUAUAAGUGUCCGGUUUGUGGGAAAAGUUUCAAUCGGAAUUUUGAGCUGGUGAUUCACCAGAGGACUCACACAGGAGAGAAACCGUAUGAAUGUCCAGAUUGUGGGAAAAGUUUCAGUCAGAAUUCCAAUCUGGUGAUACACCAGACAACACACACAGGAGAAAAACCCUAUGAAUGUCUGGUUUGUGGAAAAAGUUUUCGUCGGAAGUCCCACCUGGUGAUACACCAGAAAACUCACACAGGAGAGAGACCGUAUGAGUGUCCAGAUUGUGGAAUAAGUUUCACUCAGAAUUCUGAUUUGGUGAGACACCAGAGUACUCACACAGGAGAGAAACCAUAUGAAUGUCCAGAUUGUGGAAAAAAAUUUAGUCGAAAUUCCAGCCUGGCAAUACACCAGAGGACUCACACAGGAGAGAAAGCAUAUGGGUGCCCAGAUUGUGGGAAAAGUUUCAGUCAGAAUUCUCAUCUGAUGACACACAAGAAGAUUCACAAAGGAGAGAAACCAUAUGAGUGUACAGAUUGUGGGAAAAGUUUCAUUCGGAAUUCAGACCUGGUGAUACACCAGAGAAGUCACACAGGAGAGAAACCAUAUGAGUGUCCAGAUUGUGGGAAAGAUUUUAGUACUAGGUCUAGUCUUAUAAAUCAUGUAGGUAUACAUACAGGGGAGAAACCAUUCAGAUGCCUAGACUGCGGGCGGCGCUUCACAAAAAAUUCCUCCCUUACUGCGCACAAGAAAACCCACAUGAUGCAGGAGGUGUUAAGUUUAGAGAAGUCUUGAAAUUCAUUUCUGAUCUCUCAUUGGAGAUCCAGAUGAAAAACCGAUUACUUACUCUGUGGCCUGAGUUAGUCAAAUAUUUCAUCAUGAGACAUCAAGGAUGAGAGAAAGAAAAAUGAAAAAUGUUAGUUUGAUAAAAACCAACAAUACAUAUCUGGUCAUCGGCAGGAGUUAAUGUAUAUUAUUUACCUUAACAGAAAUAGUGCAAUUUGCAAAUUGAGCAUUAUAGAACAUAGAAAAGCAAUUUGCAGAUUUUCAGCCUUCUGCACCCGGGGUGUCUUCCAGAUUUUGAGGCCAGAAUUUCCCAGCCAGCAUAUUCUUUGCGCAAAAUGUCUGUGAGUCAUAAGCAGCGUUUCUGAGUGGUCCCAGUAAAGUUGCUGAAGCUUCUAAAAAUACAUGGUUUAAAAAAAAAGAUGCACCCAGACUUUUAUUAGGGAUUGAAGCUUGAGGAGAAAAAACAUUGCAGCUUUGAGCACAACGUCUAUAGCAGUGGUUUUCAACCUGUGGGUCGGGACCCCAUUUGGGGUCGAACGACCAUUUCACGGGGGUCGCCAAACAACGUAGUCCACCAUUUUCC